AUGAAGUCUUUCUCGGCGGUCGUCGCUCUACUGUCUUGCACACUGGUGGCAGCGAACCCCAUCGAGAUUGCAGCUCGACAGACCGAAGCUGGAUAUCCCACCACAAUAAUCGAAAUCCCAACUCGAGACUGCACAUUCCGGCCAACAGCAACGGUCACAGCGACAACCGGCUGCCCCACGACGUGCACACCUACCGGGCUGUGUUUUUCUGACGCGGCUGUGACGUUGGAAUGCGGUUGCACGAGCAUGGCCGUCCAGCCUACCACGGUGACUGUUUGCCCCACCGCGACGGUUUGCAGGCAGUGCCAGACCGGCUGGGGCAUUGUCACCGUCACGCCGACGACAUGCCCCGCGGAGACUCCCGCUCCCCUUCCGACGGCAUAA